AUGUUAAUAUUACUACUACUAAUUGUGCUGACGACCCUGUUGGUUUUUGCAAAAAUCCAUUAUACCAAAUGGGAACGUUUGGGUUUUGAAUCGGAUAAGGCGGCAAUACCCUUUGGUUCGUUGACCAAGGUUUUCCGCAAGGAACGUCCCUUUGGUUUGGUAUUGUCCGAUAUCUAUGAUAAAUGCCAUGAGAAGGUUGUGGGCAUAUAUUUGUUCUUCAAUCCCGCGCUCUUGAUUCGUGAUGCCGAAUUGGCUAGGCAAAUUUUAACCACCGAUUUUAAUAGUUUUCAUGAUCGUGGACUUUAUGUGGAUGAGAAAAAUGAUCCAAUGUCAGCAAAUUUAUUUGCCAUGGAAGGUCAAUCAUGGCGAUCGUUGAGAAUGAAAUUGACACCCUCUUUUUCGUCGGGUAAAUUGAAGGGUAUGUUUGACACCGUAGAUGAUGUGGGUGAUAAAUUAAUACGUCAUUUAUCGGAAAGGCUGAAGGAUGGUAAAUCGCAUACCUUGGAAAUUAAGAGUAUUUUAACAACCUAUGCCAUUGACAUCAUUGGUUCGGUUAUAUUUGGCCUGGAAAUCGAUAGCUUUAGCCAUCCCGAUAAUGAAUUUCGUGUGCUAAGUGAUCGUUUGUUUAAUAGUAACAAAUCGACUGUACUGGAGAGAGUAAGGGGUUUAAUGAAUUUCAUGUGUCCACCAAUUGCCCGAAUAUUAUCGCGUCUUGGUGCCAAGGAUCCUGUCACCUAUCGCCUGCGUGACAUUGUCAAACGCACCAUAGAAUUUCGUGAAGAAAAGGGUGUGGUUCGCAAAGAUCUGCUACAAUUAUUUAUUCAGCUACGUAAUACAGGGAAAAUUUCCGAUGACAGUGAUAAACUAUGGAAUGAAGUUGAAUCGACUGCUGAAAAUCUAAAAUCGAUGUCUAUUGAUAUGAUUGCAUCAAAUUCAUUCUUAUUCUAUAUUGCCGGAUCGGAGACCACAGCAGCCACAACUUCAUUUACCAUUUACGAAUUGGCCAUGUAUCCGGAAAUACUGAAAAAGGCACAAAACGAAGUGGAUGAAGUUUUGCGAAAACACAAUCUCAAGCCGGAGGGACGUUUGACUUAUGAGGCUAUACAAGAUUUAAAAUAUUUGGAUUUAUGUGUGAUGGAAACCACCCGCAAAUAUCCUGGCUUACCAUUUCUAAAUCGCAAAUCUACUCAGGCUUUUAAAAUACCCGAUUCAAAAUUAACCAUUGAAAAGGGUACGGGCAUCAUCAUAUCCCUCUUGGGUAUACAUCGUGAUCCCAAAUAUUUCCCUAAUCCCAUGGAUUAUAAGCCAGAACGUUUUGCCGAAGAUAGCCAAGAUUAUAGUCCAGUGGCCUUUAUGCCAUUUGGUGAGGGACCUCGUCAUUGUAUUGCUCAGCGCAUGGGUGUGAUAAAUUCAAAGGUGGCCCUGGCCAAAAUCCUAGCCAAUUUCAAUAUUCAACCAAUGCCACGUAAAGAAGUGGAGUUUAAAUUCCAUACUGCACCGGUCUUGGUGCCGGUGAAUGGUCUCAAUGUGGGCCUCUCGAAGAGGUGGUAA